GUGUUUCCGGCCGCCGUCGCUGUCCAGGGAGGCUGAGGAUAGAGGUAGCUGUCCGGGUGGGGAGCCGGCACUGCCUUCUUCCUCUUCCUCCUCCUCCGGGUGAGAGGAGCGAAGGUUGGGGGUCCCUGAGCCCAUGGACCAGGAGGAGGCGGAGGCCACCGAGAGUCGGGGCCCCGCUGUGUGGCCCUGAGCCCCGGUAGGUGGCCUGGGGCGGCUGGCUACCAGGCCGAAGACCAUGAGCUCAGGGGAGGGACAAGUGGGACGGGCGAUGACUGGGAGUGCGCUGGCCGGGUGUCGGGACCCGGAGGUGGCACCCCUGGGCCGGCCGGGCAGCCAGCUGCUUCUGGCCUUGCAGCAUACUGGUUCCGUCUGUUUGGAAGGCCAUGGAGAAUAUGCUGGGAGUCAAGCCAAGUCCUGCUUCCUGGAUUUUAUCAGGAUGUUGUUGGCAGACAUCCAUGAUGUGGUUGAGAAGCCUGUACCUGCUUUAUUCUUGCUUUUGCUUCAGUGCUCUGUGGUUGUCAACAGAUGCCAGUGAGAGCAGGUGCCAGCAGGAGAAGACACAGUUUGGAGUCGGCCUGAGAUCUGGGGGAGAAAAUCACCUCCAGCUUCUUGAAGGAACCCCCUCUAUCCAGACAUGUUGGGCUGCCUGCUGCCAGGACUCUGCCUGCCAUGCCUUUUGGUGGCUAGAAGGGAUGUGCAUUCAGGCCAACUGCAGCAGUCCCCAGAGCUGCCGGGCAUUUAGGACAGACUCUUCCAAUUCCAUGCUGGUGUUUUUAAAAAAAUUUCAAACUGCAGAUGAUUUGGGUUUUCUACCUGAAGAUGAUGUGCCACAUCUUCUGGGGCUAGGUUGGAGCAGGGCAUUUCGGAGGAAGCAAAGCCUCCCCAGAACUCCGCUCAGACCUGCUGUAUCUUCCAGUGACCAGCAGAACUUAAUCAGGAAACUUCAGAAGAGAGAGAGUCCCAGUGAUAAAGAAGUUACACCUAUAGUGACACAGCAUUCUAAAGUGAAUGACUCCAAGGAACCAGGUGAUCUGGCUACCAGUGGCUCUGCAGAGGUCCAUGAGGCAGUUACAAUUUCCAGUCUCUUAACCACAGACCUGACUUCAGAGAUGUCUGGUUGGCCAAAGAAUGUAUCAGUGCAACCUGAAGCAUCAGAGGAUCCCACUACUACACCCAGCACUCAGCAAGCAAAAGGUUCUGGGAAAAUGCAGAUUGCUACUCCUCUGCAGGUGGCUCCCUCCUACAGUUACACUACCCUCACCCCACCGGCCUCUUUCCAGAGCACCUCAGCACCAUAUCCAGUUACAAAGGAACUGGUGGUAUCUGCUGGAGAGAGUGUCCAGAUAACCCUGCCUAAGAAUGAAGUUCAAUUAAAUGCAUAUGUUCUCCAAGAACCACUUGAAGGAGAAACCUACACCUACGACUGGCAGCUGAUAACUCAUCCUAAAGACUACAGUGGAGAAAUGGAAGGGAAACAUUCCCAGAUCCUCAAACUAUCCAAGCUCACUCCAGGCCUGUACGAAUUCAAAGUGAUUGUAGAGGGUCAAAAUGCUCAUGGGGAAGGCUAUGUGAAUGUGACAGUCAAGCCAGAGCCCCGUAAGAAUCGGCCUCCUGUUGCCAUUGUGUCACCUCAGUUCCAGGAGAUCUCUCUGCCAACCACUUCUACAGUCAUUGAUGGCAGCCAAAGCACUGAUGAUGAUAAAAUCGUCCAGUACCAUUGGGAGGAACUUAAGGGGCCUCUGAGAGAAGAGAAGAUUUCUGAAGAUACGGCCAUAUUAAAACUAAGUAAGCUCGUCCCUGGGAACUACACUUUCAGCUUAACUGUAGUAGACUCUGAUGGAGCUACCAACUCCACUACUGCAAACCUGACUGUGAACAAAGCUGUGGAUUAUCUCCCUGUGGCCAACGCAGGCCCCAACCAAGUGAUAACUCUGCCCCAAAACUCCAUCACCCUCUUUGGGAACCAGAGCACCGAUGAUCAUGGCAUUACCAGCUAUGAGUGGUCACUCAGCCCAAGCAGCAAAGGGAAAGUGGUGGAAAUGCAGGGUGUUAGAACACCAACCCUGCAGCUAUCGGCGAUGCAAGAAGGCGACUACACUUACCAACUCACAGUGACUGACACAAUAGGACAGCAGGCCACUGCUCAAGUGACUGUUAUUGUGCAGCCUGAAAACAACAAACCUCCUCAGGCAGAUGCAGGCCCAGAUAAAGAAUUGACCCUUCCUGUGGAUAGCACAACCCUGGAUGGAAGCAAAAGCUCAGAUGAUCAGAAAAUUAUCUCAUAUCUCUGGGAAAAAACACAGGGACCCAAUGGGGUGCAGCUUGAGAAUGCUAACAGCAGUGUCGCCACUGUGACUGGGCUGCAAGUGGGGACCUAUGUGUUCACCUUGACUGUCAAAGAUGAGAGGAAUCUGCAAAGCCAGAGCUCUGUGAAUGUCAUUGUCAAAGAAGAAAUGAACAAACCACCUAUAGCCAAAAUAACUGGGAAUGUGAUGAUUACCUUACCCACGAGCACAGCAGAGCUGGAUGGCUCCAAGUCCUCAGAUGACAAGGGAAUAGUCAGCUACCUCUGGACUCGAGAUGAGGGGAGCCCAGCAGCAGGGGAGGUGUUAAAUCACUCUGACCAUCAUCCUAUCCUCUUUCUUUCGAACCUGGUUGAGGGAACCUACACAUUCCACCUGAAAGUAACUGAUGCAAAGGGUGAGAGUGACACAGACCGGACCACUGUGGAGGUGAAACCUGAUCCCAGGAAAAACAACCUGGUGGAGAUGAUCUUGGAUGUCAACGUGAGUCAGCUAACUGAGAGGCUGAAGGGGAUGCUCAUCCGCCAGAUUGGGGUCCUCCUGGGGGUGCUGGAUUCCGACAUCAUUGUGCAAAAGAUUCAGCCGUACACGGAGCAGAGCACCAAGAUGAUAUUUUUUGUUCAAAACGAGCCUCCUCGCCAGAUCUUCAAAGGCCAAGAGGUGGCAGCGAUGCUCAAGAGUGAGCUGCGGAAGCAAAAGGCCGACUUUCUCAUAUUUGGAGCCCUGGAAGUCAACACUGUCACAUGUCAACUGAACUGCUCUGACCAUGGCCACUGUGAUUCAUUCACCAAACGCUGUAUCUGUGACCCCUUUUGGAUGGAGAAUUUCAUCAAGGUGCAGCUGAGGGAUGGAGACAGCAACUGUGAGUGGAGCGUGUUGUAUGUUAUUAUUGCUACCUUUGUCAUUGUUGUUGCUUUGGGGCUUCUGUCCUGGACUGUGAUCUGCUGUUGUAAGAGGCAAAAAGGAAAACCCAAGAGGAAAAGUAAGUACAAGAUUCUGGAUGCCACUGAUCAGGAAAGCCUGGAGCUGAAGCCAACCUCCCGAGCAGGGGUCAAACAGAAAGGCCCAACACUGAGCAGCAGCCUGAUGCACUCUGAGUCGGAGCUGGACAGCGAUGAUGCCAUCUUCACCUGGCCGGACCGAGAGAAGGGCAGACUCCUGCAUGGUCAGAAUGGCUCCGUGCCCAAUGGGCAGACCCCACUGAAGGCCAGGACCCCACGGGAGGAGAUCCUGUAGCCACCUGGUUCGUCUCCUCAGGGCAGGCCCAGUGCACUGCCAAGCCGGUCCUCCUACCUCCCAGGUCUGCGGGCAGCUGCUCUCCCAGCAUCCACCGGUCACUCCACCCUGACACCUCCCCCACAGCUGCUGGGACAUGGAUCCACAGACCUUCUCCAGGAACCUGUGAACGAAGCUGUGAAUGAAGAGUUUCUUCUUGAAACCUGUCUGGCGGGCCCCCACAGAUCCUCACCUCAGGGCCUCCUUUUUGCAAACCCCUCUCCCACCCAAGGGCAGACACAGCCGGCUCCUGACCUCCUCUGCAGCUCCCCUGUCGGGAGUGUUGCUGUGCUGAGUGCUGCAGGCAGAGGCCUACUGCACCCCAUUGGCACCUGGGUACCACCCGCCUCCUGGCUCGGAGAGCCUAGCUGUGGGCACGUUCUUUGCUCUCCUCCCCGGGGUAGAGUACUCCCUCUCACAAGGCCAGGAGGAAGGGCCAUCCCUUCUCUCAUCACUGUUGCCAGGCUAGUAGGACAGAGGUGAUAGCUGGUUCCUUUCUCCUGCCUGGCCCACGAGGUGGGGAGGAUCAGCUGUUUCAGGGAUGGCGAGGGGCCUCUGGCUGCUGGAGCUGUUGGGUCAGAACAGCCAGAUGGGCGCAGACUGCCUCCCUCCUCCUCUGCCAGCACUCGCUGCUUCAGGCCCCCUCCCUGUCCCCAGUCGGACUGGAAUGUUGUGUCACGAGAGCGCAUGUGUGCGACUGCCCACCGUGGUCCCCUUUCUGUCCCUCGUUCUGAGUCUCCUGUGUCCCUCGCAUGUGUGCGUGUUCGAGCGAGCGUGUGUGUGUGAGCUCCUCAUGGGGCUCUUGGCUGCUUACCAGGCAACCUUGACUUAGAAACUGACUCUCAGCUCCUUGGGACAGAGACUUCCUGAAUCCCCCUGGCCCUGUUCCUCAGCCGUGGUCUCUGAGCGUUGAGGAAUGGGAGCUUUGGGGCAGUGACUUCUUAAAAUGACACCUAAAAUUUCUACUACUGCACUACUGUCUGUUGUGAGAUGAUUAAACAUGCUAUUUAAUUGUGCA